UAUAUAUCUUUCGAGGUUUUGUUAGCUACUGCUAUUAGUUGGAACCUUAAUAAGACGAAAAAGAAGCAGACAAGUCAGAUCAGUCGGGCCAGUCAAAAGUCAGACACGGACACACCUUAGACACCUUGAACACCUUGAAUGGUCCUCAUCAAGCACGCCAUCUCACCGCGUUUCACCGCUGUCCUCAUCAUACUUUUUUAGAUGGUGCAAUUCUAAUAAAAGACCCCCCGGGCAUUGUCCUUCUCACCCGGCUACCAAUCGAAAUUCCCUCGGAUUCAUCAUCAUGGAAGGCUUACCACCAAUGUCGACACCCAACGGCCGUGAGCCAUCAUCACGAAAUCAUGAUCACACUUUUUUCCCAAACGAUACCAAUCUAAUGGACACAGAACAUACAUCCUCCUCUACUGAUCGCAUUCGUCCUCAGAGACAGUCAUUUGCAUCGCUACCCAACGACCAAGUCAAUCAAAAACCUUCUCGAGAUAAUUGUGAUAGGCGAAGGCCAGAAGACGACUCCAAGGACGCAUCUCGCUUACCUAACAUGUCGCAACAACUUAUGGGUCAAUCUGUGACUCCUUUCUUACGGGAACACAUACCUGGACUAUAUGCACCGAUAGGGAAACCCGACCUCCCAUCCAUGACGGCCCUCACAACAAAGGAUCCUAAUAGCAAAUAUUGUUACCGACAUCGCCCUGAUUCUAAGUGUCGUAGGGCGGCGGACGAAUCUAAGAUGGGCUUAAUUCAAAGUGAACUCGAGACACUGCCCUCUGCUGAUCGUCAAGCUAUCACUAAUGUCUGGUCCCUAUUCUCUGCCGCUCCCUCCAAACAUCGUGAACUUAUGCUACAGGGCAUCAUUACUCAAUGUUGUUUUCCGCAACUAUCCACAGUGUCCCGAGAGGUCCACGAACAGCUGAAGAUAGACUUCUUAACCGCCUUACCAACUGAGCUAUCUUUGAAAAUCCUCUGUUAUCUUGACUGCUCUUCCCUUUGCAAAGCUGCUCAGGUUAGUCGACGGUGGAACACCCUAUCAGGAGACGACCUUGUAUGGCACCGGAUGUGUGAGCAGCACAUCGGACGCAAAUGCGAAAAGUGCCAGUGGGGAUUACCUAAGCUGGAAAAGAAGAGACUAAAGGAGUGGAAGAUUCAACACCAGGCAAACCUGGAAACCCAACGGGCGCUGGCACUUAUCGGACCGAGCGAAUCAGUCGCAGGCCCAAUCAAACGGGCCGCUUCAUCUUUGGAAAUUGAAGAGGUCGAUUCCGCUAAACGCCAAUGCAUUAACGGUGCCGGCAACACACAUAAGGCAUCGACGGGCGCACAAAAGCUUAGGCCAUGGAAAGAUCUAUAUAGGGAGAGAUAUCGCGUGGGAUCUAACUGGCGGUACGGUAGAUGCACAAUCAAACGGUUUGUAGGGCAGCACGAGAACGGAAUAACGGCUUUGCAAUUUGACGACAACAUUCUAGCAACUGGCUCUUACGAUUCAACAAUUAAGCUCUGGGAUGUCGAGAAGGCUGAGGUUAUACGGACCCUCCGUGGUCACACCAUGGGGAUUAGGGCUCUCCAGUUUGACGACCGGAUGCUUGUCUCUGCGAGCUUGGAUAGCACAGUGAAGAUAUGGAACUGGAGAACCGGUGCCUGCAUCAACACCCUUAAUCACCAAGGUGGCGUCAUAACUGUGCAUAUGGAUGGUGAUCUCUUAGCCUCGGGGUCUAUGGAUCGAUCGAUCAAGAUCUUCAACUUUAAAACCCAGCAGUCAUACAGCUUGCGCGGCCAUGAGGACUGGGUGAACCAUGUGCGCAUAGAUCUAGCAUCACGCACGGUGCUAUCCGCCUCCGAUGACUGUACGGUCAAACUAUGGGACCUCGACACCAAGGCUUGUAUCAAGACCUUCGAAGGUCAUGUCGGACAGGUUCAACAAGUCCUUGCACUCCCAGAUGACUAUGAGUUUGAGGAUGAGACCGCAAAGGACGGAGAUGGUGUCUCAGUGGCUAGUAACCGCAGUGGCACCCCUUCCGGCAGUUCUUCGUCGGGUUCGCCCCCAAACAUGGAUGAAGAACGGGCUGCCUAUGGCCCAAUAUUCCAGAAUGAUCCUGAACGACCUUUACCCCCACGAUACAUGCUUACCGGGUCUCUCGAUGCUACGAUGAGAUUGUGGGACACGGCAACAGGAAAAAGUCCGCGGACAUUUUUUGGCCAUGUCGAGGGCAUCUGGGGUCUUGCGGCUGACUCUCUGCGAUACGUUACUAGUGCUAACGACGCUACGGGUAAGAAUCUCCCAUUUAUUCUCAUCGUUAUACUUGAAGAAGCAAAAGACUAACAUUAUGUGAAUGCAGUCAAAGUAUGGGACUCCAGGACUGGAAAGUGUGAGCGCACUUUUACUGGACAUGCAGGGCCUGUCACCUGCGUUGGGUUGAGCGAUAGCCGAAUGGCCAGCGGUGGCGAAGAUGGAGAGGUACGGCUUUAUAGUUUUGAGGGCGAGCCUUCUGAGGUAGAAGAGUUC